AUGGGAGAAGAGAAGGAGGAGGACGAGGGGAGGAAGGAGCAGGGGGUCGACGUUGGAGGAGGCUGGAAGAGGUACUGGGAUGAUGUCGAGUCUGCCAACUACUGGCACAACACAGAAACUGGACAAACAAAGUGGGAGGAUCCGCUUUCCAAGGAAGGGCAGGACGAGGACGUGCAGGAGGAAGAGGAGGCUGUAUCGGAAGAAGUCGACAAGGAAGAAGACGAGAGGAAGAAGCAAGGUGUCGUUCUUGGAGGUGGAUGGAUAAGGUACUGGGAUGAAGGAGAACAGGCAAACUACUGGCACAACCCUAACACGGGAGAGACUUCAUGGGAUGAGCCUCCUGCGUCUAAAAUGAAUACAAAGUGGACGAACUUGUAUGAUGGAAGAGCAUAUCCAGCAGGAGCAUGGAACAUGCCCCUUGCUAUUAAACCUGUCCAACCUGGUUCUCAAGGCAAUCAGAAAAACAAUUCUUUGACUUCCUCCAAAUUUCCUGAUGGUUAUGACUGGGACACAUACGCAAUGAUGUACGGAUUCCGAACAGGGCAGGAUGCGUACAACAAGUACUACUACGGAAGCAUUGCAGGGAAACCUCAAGGACCGGAGAACAAGGGCACGACUCAAGCGUUUGGAGGCUUCAUCUACGAGCCUUCGCAGGGGGACUCAGCUUCCAGGUUGAAUCAAGUGCUGGCAAACCUGCCGGAAGGGGAAGUGGGCGAUGCUGAGCCAGCCGUUGACGAGGAUGGAUUGACAGAAGCGCAGAAGAUCUUUGGGACCAACGAGACCUUCACUGCUCCCGAGCUACAAAAGCUGGCGGAGGCAGCUGCCAUGUCCAAGGGCAUUGUGGCAUCCAAGAAGACCGAAGAUGGGCGACCUCAAAUAACUCCAGAGGACAUCGCCGCAGCAGCUGAAGGACUUCUUGACCAGAUCGAAAAAGGCCCCAUCACGAUGCACAGGACGGAUAUCACCAAACACACGCGUAUAGCCGAGAAGUACACGAGAGAGGUGGCAGUUCGGGCGGCCAUGAAUGGAGAGACUCCGAAGCAAGAGCAAUAUCUCUUUCAUGCCACCUUCAACAAGACGUCUGGAAGGUUCGAAGGGGCAGGACAAAUCCACAAACUCCCUGUCGAUGAUCCUCGAAGGCAGACCAGUCAUUAUUUCGAUUAUGACAAGUGGGCUACUGGUUGGUUUGCUAUUGAAAGCUUUGCAAUGCCGCUGAUGCUAGAGUUCGCAGACAAAGCAGCGAAGUCAGCUCGCGCGGCCAAGCGUGCUAAGACUAACUUGGGGCUUUGA